CCCAAUCACUAUAUAAUGCAACUGUCUCCAUUAUUUCCCAGCCAUGUAUUUUCAAUCUGCCCACUCGAACUGUCCCGAGCCAGAAACAAUGCGUCUCAUCCUCACAGGCGCCACGGGCCUCGUCGGGUCCGCCACCCUCAACCACCUGCUGAAUCUCCCCGCCGGCGAAAUAUCGCGGGUGUACAUUCUCAGCCGCAGCCCGGUCCCCAUGGCCGAAAACAAGCCCAACGUCACGGUUCUCGCGCACAGCAACUUCAACGAGUACUCGCCCGAGCUGCUGGAGAAACUCCAGGGCGCGGAUGGGUGUAUCUGGGCCCAAGGGAUAUCGCAGACCCAGGUUUCCAAGGAGGAAUAUGUAAAAAUCACCCGGGAGUACCCUCUCGCCGCCGCAAAGGCGUUUUCAACUCUCUCCGACUCGUUUAAUUUCGUCUAUGUCUCUGGAGAAGGCGCAACUCAAUCCCCCGGACCCUUCACCCCCUUCUUCGGCCGCGUAAAAGGCGAAUGCGAAUCCGCCCUCUUCGCCCUCGCAGCGCAGCACCCCAGUCUCAAGCCCUACUCGGUCCGCCCGGCCUACGUGGACCCAGCACACGACCCGCUGGUCCUCCAAGCCGUCAUGCAGCGACCGGACCAGCAAUCCUUCACCAAGAAAUCCCUGCACGCGGUCCUGGGCCCCGUCAUGCGCGCCGUGAUGGCCAACAGCGUCUCCCCGACGCAGGACCUGGGGAGGUUCUUGACCGAUUUGGCCCGGGGGAAUGGCACUCCUUUAACUGGGCGGGGGGAGGGCGUCACCGGGGACGGAAGGAUUAUUAAUAAUGUUGCGUUUCGGAGGGAGGUAGGGAUUAUAUAACUCUUAUAAAAGAAAGUGGCUUGUCAAAUCAGGCGGAGUGAAAAAUAUCUACAGGUCGUUGUCCGUCGUCGAACUACUAGUUACAGAGUGGAUUUGUCUCGAGAUAACUACCCCAUAUUUUAUCCUCAUCUUAUGAAAAUCAUUUAACCCCAACGCACACCUCAUAAUCCAGCUGCAGAUUCUUGCACUCUCCCUCCGCCGUAUUCACAUCCGGAUUCCACUGGUAGAACGCC